CCCGAGCGGCAGAAGGCAACCGUGGCGGCAGCUGCAGGGCAGCGAUGGUGACCAACCCGGUGCACGGCCUGCCCUUUCUCCCAGGCUCGUCCUUUACGGACUCCACGAAAACAGCAUUCCACAGAAGCCAGACACUCGGAUACAGGAACGGCUAUGCAGUUGUCCGACGUCCAACCAUGGGGAUAGGUGGAGACCGGCUCCACUAUAACCAGCUGUCUCAGGCGGAGUUGGAUGAGUUGGCCAAUAAAGCACCCAUCUUAACCUACGGCCCACUCAAGCAGGCCCCACCUGCAGAGUUUGUUCCUGCGCAUGUGGCUUUUGACAAAAAGGUGCUGAAAUUUAGCGCCUACUUCCAGGAAGACGUCCCCAUAUCAACGGAGGAGCAUUACCGAAUCCGCAGGGUGAACAUUUACUACUACCUAGAGGAUGACAGCAUGUCCGUCGUUGAGCCUGUCGUGGAGAACUCUGGGAUUCCACAAGGCAAGCUAAUCAAACGCCAGCGGCUCGCCAAGAAUGAUGUGGGUGACCACUACCACUGGAAGGACCUCAACCGCGGAAUCAACCUUACAGUUUAUGGCAAAACCUUCCGCAUUGUUGACUGUGACCGAUUCACUCAGGAAUUUUUGGAAAGUCAAGGCAUCGAAUUAAAUCCACCAGAGAAGAUGCCUCUGGACCCUUACACCGAACUCCGGAAAGAACCUGUUCGUAAAUACGUCACCCCGUCAGACUUUGACCAGCUGAAGCAGUUUCUCACCUUUGACAAACAGGUCCUGCGAUUCUACGCGAUCUGGGACGACACGGAUAGCUUGUUUGGGGAAUGUCGUCACUACAUCAUUCAUUACUAUCUCAUGGAUGACACCGUGGAGAUCCGCGAGGUCCACGAACGGAACAACGGAAGAGACCCGUUCCCACUCCUCAUGAACCGACAGCGCAUGCCCAAAGUUUUGGUGGAGAAUGCAAAGAAUUUCCCUCAGUGUGUGCUGGAAAUCUCCGAUCAAGAGGUGUUGGAGUGGUACACUGCCAAGGACUUCAUUGUGGGGAAGCCACUCACCAUCCUGGGGAGGACCUUCUUCAUCUAUGACUGUGACCCAUUCACCCGACAGUUCUACAAAGACAAGUUUGGAAUGCCCGAUUUACCACCAGUUGACGUGAGCAAGAAGGAGCCACCUCCUGUAAAACAGGAGUUGCCUCCUUAUAAUGGCUAUGGACUGAUUGAAGACUCAGCUCAGAAUUGUUUUGCUCUCAUUCCCAAAGCUCCGAGAAAGGAUGUCGUGAAAAUGCUGGUGAACGACAACAAGGUGCUCCGCUACCUGGCGGCACUGGAAUCCCCUAUCCCAGAAGACAAAGACCGUCGGUUUGUCUUCUCUUACUUUCUCGCCACGGAUAUGAUCAGCAUCUUUGAGCCACCUGUUCGAAAUUCUGGGAUCAUCGGGGGCAAAUUCCUGGGCAGGACUAAAGUUGUAAAAUCAUUCUCUCCAGUUGACAACCCCAUCUACUAUGGACCAAGUGACUUCUUCAUCGGUGCCGUGAUUGAGGUGUUCGGCCAUCGAUUCGUCAUCCUCGAUACAGAUGAGUAUGUUUUAAAAUACAUGGAGAGCAAUGCUUCCCAGUAUUCACCAGAAGCCCUCGCCUCAAUCCAGAACCGUGUCCGGAAGCAGGAUCUUCCCGCACCAGAACUGGAAAGCAAACAAGGUACAGAGGACCCCAAGGUGCAGGACCUGGAGACACUGAUAGAAAAAAUCCAGAUGCACCUGAAAGACAAUUCAUGCAAAGACAACCUCCGUGAAACGUUUCAGAUAUACGACAAGAACGAGUCAGGAUUCGUGGACCGAGAGACGUUCUUUAAAGUCUGUGAAACUCUUAAUGUCCCGGUCGAUGACUCAUUGAUUAAGGAGUUGAUCAGGCUGUGCACCCAUGGAGAAGACAGGAUUGACUAUUAUAACUUUGUUCGAGCUUUCUCGAGCUGACCUGAACGAGAGAAUAUGAUAUACAUUUUUGACGCUGAACCGACAUUGUGAAAUCGACCACACAGGCCUUUAAAUCACUCCGGAAGUGGUAUUUCUUUUCCUGCUCUUCUGUUUCACUGUUACUCAAGUCUAAAGUAAAUUAAUAUUCAAAAUAUCAAA